UUAUAUUAUAUAUCACUUUCUAGAGAAAUUCUUGUUGAGAGAAGUGAGCCAUUGCAAUUUGUCAAUGGCAUUAAUUUUUUAGAUUUUUUUCUAAUACAUAAAGGAAAUACUGGGGAGAUCAUUUCUCUUUUGGAACCCAGUCUUUCACUGGCUGCCCAAAGAGGAUGGCCUGUACCAUUUCAGGUCAUGUGAUCAGAGGACACUCAUGUCUGUUAUCACCAUGUUUGUUUGUAGACUGGAUUAGAUUUUAGUGCACUGACUCAGAUCAUAGGAGACAUUGAAAAUCUCCAAGUGUUUUAAGGAGCUUGGUAAGAAAGCGACUGGACUUUAAACACUAGUGGGAUUGUUCCUUAAGAAGGUCAUUAACUCACUAUUGAUCAUGUGCCUCAAGAAAUGAGACACAUCAUUACCAACAGCUUUUUUUAUUUAUGUUACAUUUUGGUGUCUUUAGUUUGAUAAUGUCUGAAGUUUCUGUCUUUAUUGUAGUGCUCUGUACGCUCGUCUGCAGUGGACACGCUCAAGCUGCUGUGCUAACUAUUGAACCCAGCUGGUCCAGUUAUUUCAUUGGAGAGUUUGUUACCUUCAAGUGUGACAUGAAUGAAGGAAGAGACACUGACUGGUAUUACACAAUCAACAAGGAUGGUCGAGACUUUGUCCGCUACAGUGAAUACAAAGUCUACACAUUAGAAAUGAGAUCUACAGAUCACAGUGGUAAAUACCAGUGCUAUGGCAGCUCAAAGGGGUCACAUUAUACAAAGAACAGUAAUACUGUCUCUGUAACUGUAUUAGCAUAUAGACCCUGGGCCACACUGACAGCAGGAACAACAAUCAUACCAGUAGGGGGCAGUGUGACACUGACCUGCUCUGUGCAGAGCUCUGAUGGAUGGAAAUAUGAGUGGUUCAGACGAACCCAAACAACCUAUGAAGGUAAAAUCAGAGAUCAACAAAACAGAGAUAUCAGAGUAUCUCAAGGAGGAAUCUACAGCUGCAGAGGAACAAGAGGAAACCCAGUUUACUACACUGAUAUAAGUGAUCAUGUCAACAUUAAAAAAACCAGUGAGUUCAGUAAUUUAGUUUGAAAUAUACAUUCACUCAUGAUUAUCAAACGUACAAUGUUAAGUUUUCUGUGUUGAUUUCGUUUUUUUAUUUGUAUCUCAACUGUUAAUAUGUGUAAACAGUUUCUAACAUGCUGUAAAUUUAAACUGCAGAGAAAA